AAAAUCCCGAUUAUACCUUAAAUAUUCAAGAUGUCUGGAGGACCAGUUCCAAUUUGGAAGAAGUACACCACCGGCUCGACCGGUAUCUGGGAAAAACUCAGACAAUUCUUAGUUUUGGUACCCAACAGAUCUUCUGGUAACCCAGUAGUUGCCCUUUACAGAAACCCACCACCAGGUGCCCGUAUUUCCGAGUCCCAAGCCUACAAGGAAGCCAUCACCAUCCCAGCUGGUGACAUCAGAAACAAUGCAUACCACAAGAGAGACUACAGAAGAAACUACCCACAAGUGCAUGGUUUCAACCAAGCCAAGGUUUCCGGCUUAUUGAAGUUGGGUUCCGUUUCCCUUCCAAGAAUUUCCGUUGGUGACAAGGGUACUCAAGAAUUGGCCACCUACACCGGUAGCUCCGACGUAAGUCUUGCCACCACCUUGUCCUCCAUUCCAGCCGAUGUUGUUAAGGGUGAAGUUUUGGGUGCUUCUGGUGAACCAAUCGUUGCCCCAUCUCUCAAGAAGUUCAACUGGACCAUUUUAAGAGAACCACAACAUGGUAUGUACACUGAAGACUACCCAUGUCGUAUGUUCACCGAAGCCAAGGCUACUCAAUAGAGUGAAUGGUGAAUGUUUUUGGAGGUUGUGAGAGAAGUUUGGUGUAGAUGAUUGCAUAUGUAAAUUGUUAUAU